AGGAAUACAGGUCCGCUGUAAUGCCACUGACGAUACUGAUCUAUCCCAACACACAGCACUACCUAAUAUAUGUUCGGUCUUCUAUGACUCUCUUCGCUCUCAAGCCACAUGUCACUUAUACGUCGCCUUUGCGAGAAAUAGUCUACUGUGCGGCCCGUACGGUAUUUAGGUAUCCGCUUAAAUUGUUCACACUGAGAAUGUUGUUGCACCUGAAACUCUGGGCCAACAAAUUUGGUCACUCUGCAGAAAUCUUUGCCAAGUCCACUCAAGCUCCGCUUCACAAUUCGCUUCCCCCACCUAAUUAUGCAAGCGGACAAACAGACCGAAGAAAACAUCCAUCCGAGCAACAUACCUCGAUACUUGGCUAUCCUCUUCAUGGAAAUUGCUCACGAGAGUCGCUCUUCACACUCACCUGUUCCUUUCUUUUGUCAUUCAUGAAUUUUCUCCGACAAAGGUCAAAUCACCUCCACAAGUGUCCUAUCACUCAGACCAAGGCUCAUUCCCAACUGCGCAACAUGAACACUAAAUUUCCCUAUCCCCGCCACGAUCCGAAAUCCGAAUCAAAUAUUGAAGCCAAACGACACAGAAAAGAGAAAUCAGGUCAAAAGAUUCCGUACAACCCUUGUUUUCAGUAGGAUCAUAAGCGACUUUCUCUGCAUUUACGAGGCACAACGCCAAGACAGGGGUAGGUUAGUCAUACGGUGUGCCGGUAAGGUCCAACUUAUCUAUCUGCAUACAUGUACUGAGAUGAACGAUGACGAUACGAUGCAAUUUGACGAUAAAUCAAAAUAGUCCGUAGCGAAUAUAUAGCCUCUCCUUUCACCGUUCCCUUUUUUUUCCCAAUCAUCAACCAUCUUCGGUCAAUCUUUCUUCGCCACCUCGCUUAUCACAAUUUCUGAAUAAACAUCGUCCACCAAAAUCAAAAUGUCCUGCCCAUCCUGCCUCACUGGAGGGAUUUCAACCUCCCAACCCACCGGCACUACAAGCACUAUCCACGGCCUUCCCACCUACAUCGCCUCUCCUCCCUCUGGCACCACCCCCAAAGCCGUAAUCGUGCUCAUAACCGACGCUUUCGGGUGGGAUUUCGUCAACAAUCGCGUAUUAGCCGAUCACUACGCCAAACGAGGCGGGUAUCUAGUUUACGUCCCCGAUUUCAUGAAUGGAAAAGCAAUGUCCCCCACCGCCCUCCCCCUAAUGGACAACCUCACCACCCCCUCCCCCACCUACCUCCACGCCAUCCUCCACAAACCCCUCUGGGUAAUGCACCUCCUCCUCCUCGCCAUCCCCUGGAAAUCCUCUUGCGAUCCCAUAAAAACACAUCCCCGCGUCCUCUCAUUCCUGCAAUCCCUCAGAGCUUCACCACCGCCUUUUGCACUUCCUGUUGAUACAGGUUCGCAAAGUUUGAAGAUCGGAGUAGCAGGGUUCUGCUGGGGCGGAAAACACGCUUUCAUGCUCGCCCAACCUUCUCCCGAAGGUGAGAACAACCUAGCAGAUUGUAUAUUCAUCGCGCACCCCUCAUACAUAACCCUCCCCAGCGAAGUGCAGCACAUAACCAUCCCCACCAGCGUAAUCGUCGGCGACGCCGACGCCGUCUUGAAGAAACCGCAAGCUGUGGAGAUGAAGCGUCUGCUCGAAGCGAAGGGAGCUGAAUCGAAGGGAGCUGAAUCGAAGCGAGCAGUAAAUGGAGGGAAGGGAGAAGGAAUUGGAGGGAAGGGAGAAGGAAUUGGAGGGAAGGGAGAAGGAAUUGGAGGGCAGGGAGGAGGAAAAGAGAUAGAUCACGAGAUGGUUAUCCUCGAGGGCGCUAAGCAUGGUUUUGCAAUCCGGACGCAUGCUGAUGAUGAGAAGGAGAUGGAGAUGGCUAUGCGGGCUGAGGAGCAGGCUCUGAGGUGGUUUGAGAGGUGGCUUGUUGGUGGUGGUACUUCCUCUAUUGCUGCGACUACGGCUGAGUCUGGUGCGGAUGUGGGUGUGGAUGUAGAUGCGGAUGCGGUUCAUGUGCAGGGAUGACAUGAGGGGAUUUUUGUUGUUGGUGAUGGAUGGGGGAGGAGUGUUGGAGGAGGUGAGUGGGGAGAGGAUGAGAAUUUGUGGGAAAGUGGGUUUCUAGGGAGGACGAAAUGGGAAUGUAGGUGGUUGUUGAUCUUGAUGUUGUGGGUGCUUGACAGUGGGAUGUUUAGCCUUCUUCGGUCUUCUUUGGAAGAGAGAAGAUGGCUGUUUUACCCACUUUUAGAUGAAUAUAUCUUCAACAAGAUUACCCCUUCCGUUCUUAUUGAAAGUAGUCGGUUUCUAAAAAAUGUUGUACUUGCCUGUCAAAUAGUUUGUCAAGACUGGCUUGCACGACUUGGGGCUAUUUACGUCUCAUACCUAUCCGCUUACCCUUGCUUACUACGUACAUUCUUCUCGAUUCGAGACUAGAACCGUGGCAGUUCGCAUGGCCACCACGUGGGUGAACUCCUCUAACCUAUUCCGGAU